AUGCUUUCCUCUCUCAAACUCCUUUCGAACCUUAUCGCAGAGUCGGUAGACAAGAUCGACCAGAAAUGUGCAGCCCAAUGUCUGCCGUUCCCUGAACUCGACGAGUUAUUUUCGUUUCAAUCGGAGGCCAUACGAAACGACGCAGACGUUGCUGAAGCCAUCCACGUGAUCGCGGCAGCAGCAACACAGCUGAUAGCAACAGCUAGAGCUCCCAUUACAACGUUAUCUGUCGUCGCUCACCAAUGGGAUGUACCUGCCUGCCUUCGGGUUGCAAAUGAUGCAAACGUCGCCGAGAUACUACGUGACGUGGGCCCCGAGGGCGCCCACAUCGAUGACAUAGCCAAGAGAAACGGAAUGAAUGCGGCACGUCUUGGUCGGGUCCUUCGCUUGCUCGCCUCUCACCACAUCUUCCGAGAGGUAUCUCCCGACGUGUUUGCAAACAAUCGCAUCUCGUCCCUGCUCGACUCCGGUAAACCAAUCCAGGAGCUGGAGAAAAACCCACAGGCCAAAUACACCGAAACGUCCCUCAUCAACACGUUCGUCAGUUGGGGGACCGGAGAGUUCUUCAAAAGUGGCGCUUUCUUGUCACAAACACUUCGGGAUCCCGUUUGCGGCCACUCUGACGAAGCUAAUCAGAGCGCUAUAUGCAAAGCCUUCGACUUUGAUGUCAGCUUCUUCGAGUGGCUCGAGCGUCCAGAAAACAAGGACGUGCUGUCCCGCUUCAGUCUACUGAUGCGCGCGACGACUGACUUGUUGCCUGACGCUGCCAUAUUAAAGGGCUUUGACUUUGGUUCUCUUCCCGACGGCGCCCUGGUCGUUGACGUAGCCGGCGGGAUCGGCUCCCUCGAGUUGGUUCUGGCCAAAACAUUCCCUAAGUUGAAUAUCGUGGUACAAGAUCGACCUCAACUUGUUUCUGAUGCUGAGCCAUAUUGGAAAUCGAACUUACCCGAAGCGCUUAAGAGUGGUCGUGUCAAGCUUGUUGCUCACGACAUGUUCACUCCCCAGCCGGAUCUCGGCAGUACAGUCGACGUGUUCGUCCUUCGCGGGAUCCUCCAUGAUUGGGCCAAUUCGUAUGCGAUUCAGAUCCUAAGUCACCUACGCGCAGCCGCCGGACCACAAACGAAACUCGUAGUAAUCGACAUUAUCCUAGAAUCUCCGUGUCGUGAUACCGAAACCAAGACGAUCAAAGGCUGUGAACCCCGCCCGGUCCCCGAGCCUCUCCUGGCCAAUAUGGGCGCGGCUAAUACGGUGGCUUAUUCUAUGGAUGUGAUGAUGAUGGGCUUUGGUAACGGACAGGAGCGUACAGUCAGACACUUUGUUGAUAUCAUGAACGAGGCGGGCUGGGAGCUAAAGGAGGUCAUAAGCCUUGGAUCGUGGCGGCCCCACUUGAUUGCGGUGCCAGUGUGAGACGUACUUAUUGUUUGCUUAUUGCUUCGUAUUAUGGUCCUUUUGUUUAAACUUUUUUGGGCAUAGAAACAAGGGGGAUUGGUUCAUUACUCUGAAAACAUCAGAUAGGCCUUAAGGCUAAUGAGUUCUGAAUGGUACAGGCAAUAUUGCAAGCCAAUCUUGGUCCACCUUGGCAUCAAGGUAGCCACAUUACGAUUAAUUGGCCACUGCUCCAACAUAAGAUAGUACUUUUAUUCCAAUUCGCGUGGGACAACAAGUCGAGCUCAGAGGAAAGACAUUGCAAAGCGUGGGGUCCUAGGUGGAG